AUGUCUUCGAAUAUCCCCACCUUCGACGUAGCCAGCAUCCUCUCCUCUCUCCCCGACGACAUCCUCCACCUCGUAUUCGACGCCUACGCCAGCUCGUUGCCCACCCAAUCCUCGGCCUUCCUCGACCUCCUCUGUCUCGACCUCCUCUGUCUCGACCGCCGUACUUACAACAAGUAUUUGCCCGUGCUCUACCGCACCAUCGAACUCACCGAAGACAAUCGCGAGUCAUUCUUCCAGUCCUAUAGCAGACUCCUGGAACGGUGUACGUUCGCGCCCUUCGAGGUGGAGAGUAGCGACACGUCCUUUUUUGUCCCUCGCCUUGGUCCCUCCGCCAUGGGCCCACCACAGCCCCAUCCCGAUAUGGUGCGCAAAAUCAUUGUGGCCCAUCACUUGGUUUUUGAGAUGCUUGAAAUACUUCACAGUACUCUCCAAUACACGGUUGCGGAGCAAGUCAAAGGGCUUCAGAGCGAAGAGAUUUCUGUUCGUCUUUUUCCUCACCUCGAGUGGCUCACUAUCGGAGCAGAGGUAUCUCAAGCGCCUCCGAGGUCUAUUGUUCAGCGCCAUCGAGUCGUCUUUCGUGUCCUUACCCAGCUUCUUCCGCCGAAUAUCUGUUGUACCGAGCCGGACGACCAAGCAGUCUGGCUAUUCCACCAGCUCGGCCAAGCCAUCUCAAGCAAGUAUGUCCACUUGGACUCCAUGUCUAUCCAUGCUAGCAGAUGGUCUGAAUGCUUCAAGGCCGGACUCUCGAUGGAGCGCUGUGAGAUUUUAUCAUGCUGGCCUACAUGGCCAACAGGUGUUAGAGUCCACAAAGACGAUCCGAUAGUAAUCGUGAAGGCUUUAGCGAUUCUCGACCGCCUUGACAAUCUUCAGAUCCGGCGCUCAUCCUUCCCUCGUCAACGAAUCAGACUAUACGACUGCAAUUACACUCACGAAGAGUUGUUUUCGCCAACAAGCAAGACUAGAUUGACAUUGGACCAGAUGUCAAAAGUGGAGAUCUAUACUCCCAAAGAAUCAGCUGGGCACGUAUGCGAGGGAUGUGGCAAGGGUAUUUGA